UAGUGCCCUGGGAGCGUGCAGUGACCAAAAACAUCAUGACAGACUAUGAGGCUGCAACCGCCUUCCUCGGAGAAUGGGGAUGUUUCCAGCAGCAGGUGUUUUUCCUCCUCUGUCUGAGCAUCAUCCCAAACGGCUUCACCGGUAUGUCCAUCGUGUUCGUCGCCGACACGCCGCCCCACCGCUGCCUGAUUCCCGCGCACGUCAACCUGUCCGCUGCAUGGAGGAACAGCAGCAUCCCGCUGGAGGAGGAGAGCAGCAGCGGCGCGCUGGUGCCCAGCAAGUGCUCCAGAUACCGCCUGACAGAUAUGCUGAGUUUCUCCGACAGAGGCUUGUUGCCAGGCGGUGAUGUGAACCUCUCUAACGUGCCAAGAGAAAGCUGCUUGGAUGGAUGGGAGUACGACCACAGCGUGUAUAUUUCUACCAUCAUUUCUGAGUGGGACCUGGUUUGUGAUGACAGAUGGAAGAGCCCACUGACCUCUUCCCUCUUCUUCUGUGGUGUUCUCACUGGCUCAUUCAUUUCAGGACAGUUCUCUGACAGGUAUGGGAGAAAAAUGGUGUUGUUUGUUACCAUGGCAGUCCAGACAGUGUUCACAUUCAUCCAGGUCUUCUCUCCAUCCUGGACCAUGUUUUGUGCCAUAUUCUUUGUGGUCGGGAUGGGACAAAUCUCCAAUUAUGUGGCUGCGUUUGUGCUAGGUACAGAGAUAUUGGGCCCACGUGUUCGGACAAUUUUCUCCACUGCGGGUGUGUGUCUUUUCUUUGCGGCGGGCUACACGCUGCUGCCGCUGUUUGCUUAUUUUAUAAGAGACUGGAGGAUGCUUCUCCUAGGCCUCACCCUGCCUGGCUUCCUCUAUGUGCCUCUCUGGUGGUACAUCCCAGAGUCUCCGAGGUGGCUGCUCUCUCAGGGAAGAGUAGAAGAGGCUGAGGCCGUAGUGAGAGAUGCUGCUAAAAGGAACAAAAUCGAGCCUCCACCGGUCAUUUUUGGUCCGUUGCAGAUUGAACUUCAAUGUGAGAAGAGGAAGGCCCACAACAUCUGUGACCUGCUCCGUUCCCGAAACAUCCGCUGGAUCUCUGUCACGCUGUGGCUGGUCUGGAACACCUUGACCAUUGCUUAUUUUGCCCUUUCCCUGAACACGGCAAACCUGCAUGGCAACGCGUACUUCAACUGUUUCCUGUCGGCUGUGGUAGAGGUGCCUGCCUACAUUUUGUCAUGGGUUAUGUUUCGCUGGUGUUCCAGACGACUGAGUCUUUUCUCAACCCUCUUCAUGGGAGGACUGUUUCUACUCUUGAUACAGCUAAUACCAGCAAACCUGAUUUCUCUCGCCAUCACGCUCGAGAUGAUGGGGAAGUUUGCAGUGACGACAGCGUUUGCUAUCGUGUACGCAUACACAGCAGAGCUCUACCCUACUGUAGUGAGGAAUACAGCUGUGGGCACCUGCUCUAUGGCCUCCAGAAUAGGCAGCAUCAUUGCUCCAUACUUCGUUUAUUUAAGAAGCUAUUCUGUUUCACUGCCUUACAUCCUCAUGGGAAGCAUUACAGCUCUGUCAGGGUUGCUGAGUCUCCUGCUGCCUGAGAGCUAUGGAAUGCCUCUGCCUGACACCAUCAGUCACAUGCAGCACUUCCCUGGAUGUUGUCAGAAGACUCCUUACAAUCUUACACAAACUGAAGAAAAGGAAAAUUCUGCUGAAAGGAAAGUCUCCAGUUCUUUAAACAAGGAGCAGAACUGAUAUCCAAAAAAAUGGACAAACAUCUUAGACACUUGUUGGAAAUAACUGUCACUGUUAUUGUCACUGGGUUUUUGAGAGUGUGUGACUUC